AUGCAGUUACGGGGCCUUUUUCAUCUUCUGUUGCUUGGAGCUGCUGCGGAAUCGGCCCUUAUUACUCCAGCUGGCAAGCUGGGAAAGCGUGAUAUUGAGUACAAUACCACCCUCUAUGCGUACGGGGCCGACUCGACGGCAAUUCCAAUCGCAUAUAGCCUCAGUGACGGCCUCCUCUACAUAACCGAAAGUCCUGACGACAGUUCCGCCAACCUCACGUCAGUGACCUGGGAUGUGCCGUUCGUCAGCGACGAAAAUUGGGUCGUCAACGCCACAUUCCCCAACGGCACGGCACUGGGCUCUCUAUAUAUCAGACCUGACCAGGACAAUGCCGUUGGCGUUUUACCAAUGACCCGAGCCUCCGAUGUCAAUGGCACCGUCACUGGCUUCGCUCGGUUCGCUUGGCAGCUAGUGUACAAUAACAACACUUUGCUAGAGUCAAAGUUCUGGGCUGAGCCGACGGAUACUGAUGGGAUCUAUGCACUAGUAUGGAACUCGGGCGGGGACGCCCAAGAUGGUAGCUACGAUGUGGUAGUAGAGGUGAUUGCGGACUCCUGA